AUGGCCACUCCAAAUAAUGUGACCCAGUUGAUCAUCACUGGCCUUUUCCAGGAUCCAGAAGUACAGAAAGUGUGUUUCAUGUUCUUUCUUUGUGUGUACCUGGCCACAGUGGUGGGCAAUGGUCUCAUCCUUGUGACGGUCAGUGUCAGUAAGAGUCUGGGCUCCCCCAUGUACUUCUUCCUCAGCUACCUGUCCCUAGUGGAGAUCUGUUACUCCUCUACUGUCGUCCCCAAAUUCAUCACCGACCUACUUGUGAAGAUUAAAACCAUCUCCCUGAAGGGCUGUCUCACACAGAUAUUCUUUUUCCAUUUCCUUGGAGUCACUGAAAUCCUCCUGCUGACCGUGAUGGCUUAUGACCGCUAUGUGGCCAUCUGCAAGCCCCUUUACUAUACAACCAUCAUGAGCCGGCCCGUGUGUCACCGUCUGGUGGCAGGUUCUUGGCUCGGGGGCUUUUUCCACUCUAUAAUUCAGAUUUUCAUCACCCUCCCCUUGCCCUUCUGCGGUCCCAAUGUAAUCGACCACUACUUCUGUGACCUGCAUCCGUUAUUCCAGCUUGCCUGCACUGACACUUUUGUGGUAGGAAUCAUUAUGUUCGUCAACAGUGGCUUGUUCUCUGUAUUCUCCUUCCUCUUUUUGGUGGCCUCCUAUAUUGUCAUCCUGGUCCAUCUGAGGAACCAGUCUGCGGAGGGGAGGCGCAAGGCCCUCUCCACCUGCGCCUCGCACAUCACCGUGGUCCUCUUGUUCUUUGGACCCGCCAUCUUCCUCUACUUGAGGCCUGCCUCCACCUACACUGAGGACAAACUGGUGGCCGUGUUCUACACCGUCAUUACCCCCAUGCUGAACCCCAUCAUCUACACACUCAGAAAUGCCGAGGUGAAAAAUGCCAUGAGGAAGUUGUGGGGGAAGAAAGUAACUUCAAGGAUGGAAUAG